GCCUUCUUCCCCCUCCUCCGUCCGCUGCAUCUCUCCUCGUAUAUUCUUCUUCUUCUUCUUCUUCCUCGAACGCGUCCCAAUCUCCAACGAACUCCCCGAAUCCCGACCGCGCCCGACACAAAUCCGCCCGCCCCGCCCCUAUUCCGCCGCCAAAAUCCGGUUUUCCCCCGAUCCGGCCUUCUUGCGCGGCGUUUUUUUCGAGUCUGGGAUUUUCUGUUUCGAUUCGGUGCGCCGGAGGUUUCUGCCCGGGUAAGGCGGAGCUUUGCGUUGCAGGGGAAGAGUGUGUGUGGGGUGCUUUGAGGCUCGUUGAUGUUGGAGAUGCGGUGGCCGUGGCCGCCGGCGGCGAGGAAGUUCAGAGUCCGACUGGUGGUGCGGCGGGCGGAGGGCCUGUUGUGUCCUCCCCCUGUGCCCCCUGCGGCGGAUGCGGCGGCGAAGGUGGCGGUGGAGGUGAAGUGGAAGGGCCCCAAGGCGAGGUGGAAGGGCCUCCGGGUGUGCCGCAACCGCACGCGCCUGGAGGCCCCGGCGCCGGUGGUGGUGGAUGACGACGAUGGCGGCGCUGAUGCCGCGCCGGCCCCGGCGGCGGUGGUGGCGUGGGAGGAGGAGUUCGAGGACGUGGUGACGCUCACGGCGACGUCGUACCGCAAGGCCGCCGCGUUCCACCCAUGGGACCUCUCCUUCUCCGUCCUCAAUGAUUCAAAUAAAGGGUCAAAGAGUGAAUUCAUUCUGGGAACUGCGUCACUGAACCUGGCAAAUUAUACCUCGUCUCCUGAAGAGGAAGUCGAGAUUAUCCUCCCAUUGUCGGUGCCCAAUGGUGCACCUGAGUCUGCCCCGUCACUUCAUCUCACUCUGAGCUUGGUGGAAGUAAGACUUCCUCAACAAUUGCCCGAUGCUUCACAGCGUUCUGUUGCUACUACCCCAUUAUCACCUUCCUCUGGUGAUUCUGUUCCUUCUGGAAAAGAUGAGCUUUCUGUCAUUAAAGCUGGGCUGAGAAAGGUGAAAAUCAUCACAGAUCUUGUGUCUACACGGAGGUCCAAGAAGGCUAACAGAGAGGAUGACAACAGCGAUAAGUAUGUUCAUAGUGAUGGUGCCGAAUACCCUUGCGCUAUUGACUCUGAUGAUGAUCUAGAUGAUAGGCAGAGGGAUGAUGACUUAGGGGGUUCAACUGUCAGGAAGUCCUUCAGCUAUGGUUCGCUGCAGUCUGUGAAUUAUGCUGGUGGCCUCUUUUAUGCACAUGCAAAGAUUGAUGGAGAGCAUGAGGAUUGGAUAUAUUACAGUCACCGAAAAUCUGAUGCCAGCUAUCAUGCAGAGAAAGAGCCAUCAUCCUCUGCUGAGGAGCAUACCACCAUAGUUAUUCGGCGAAAAAGGAGCAUACUUCCGUGGAGGAAGGUCAAACUGCCGAAGAAAGGGGAACCGUUAUUGAAGAAUAAGAAUGGAGAAGAGGGAGGUGAUGACAUUGACUUUGAUCGCCGGUUACUAACCUCUUCCGAUGAAUCUGUUUCGGAGGGAUCACAUGGCUCUGUUACGAGUAUGGAGUCAGUAUUUGGUGAUGACAAUUUUGUAGUGGGGAACUGGGAGUCAAAGGAAGUACUUAGUCGUGAUGGCCAGUUGAAGCUUUCCACCAAGGUGUUCUUUGCAUCGAUAGACCAGAGGAGUGAACGGGCUGCGGGGGAAAGCGCCUGCACUGCACUCGUGGCUGUCAUUGCGGACUGGUUUCAAGCAAACCAGGAGCUGAUGCCAAUCCGCUCACAGUUUGACAGCCUCAUCCGAGAAGGGUCUCUAGAGUGGAGGAAGCUUUGUGAGAUUGAGAGCUAUAGAGAGCGCUUCCCGGACAAGCACUUUGAUCUUGAAACGGUACUUCAUGCCAAGAUCCGCCCACUCACAGUUGCUCCUAACAAGUCAUUUAUUGGGUUCUUCCAUCCUGAAAGUACCGAGGAUGUCAGUGGAUUUGACUUCCUUGAUGGUGCAAUGUCAUUCGAUAACAUCUGGGAAGAGAUCAGCCGAGCAGCGGAAUGUUCCACUGAAAAACCUACUCUAUAUAUUGUCAGCUGGAACGACCACUUUUUUGUUCUGAUGGUUGAGGCCGAUGCGUAUUACAUCAUUGACACACUUGGUGAGAGGCUUUAUGAAGGUUGCAACCAGGCAUACAUCUUGAAGUUUGACGAUGACACCACAAUUCACAGAGUGCCUGCUGAAAAUAAGGAAGCCAACCCUGAUUCCGGUGGUCGCCACAAGGAUUCUUCAGAAAGCUCCUCCACAGAGCAGGACAGCGGAACUGAUAGUGAGGAGACUGCACUCGUGCUGAAGGGUAAGGAGGCAUGCAAGGAGUACAUCAAGAGCUUCUUGGCGGCCAUCCCAAUCCGUGAGCUGCAGGCUGACAUAAAGAAGGGUCUAAUGGCAUCAACACCGCUGCACCACCGCCUCCAGAUUGAGUUCCAUUACACCGAAUCGUGCCCCAGAGAGAUCACCCUCCCCACUCCAUCCCCUGCCAUCGAAGCCCCCUUUGAGUUUUCCUGGCCCGAACCGCCGCCUGCCAUGGAGGUUGUCUUAACACCUGCAGUUGCCGUUGUAUAGUCGUCAUGACUGCCGAGACCUAAUCAAACUGUCCGCUCUCCCAAAGUUUAACAUACAGAUAGCCUCUUUUUCAGGGCAAAUCCUGAAGCGAACCAGAUCGAAGAUUUGGCUUCGUCUCGAGUUUGCGCUGUUUGCUGUCUAAUUAAGAUGAACUGACUAGUAUAGGUAACCGAACUCCCCAGUCCUUUGGGGUGUGUGUGUGUUUUCUCCUUGAUCUUCUCUUCCAGGCUCUGGGAGCUUUCAUUUUGUAAAGAAAGAGAAAAAGGCUGUUUGCUCCUACCUAUCCUGAAUUGAGUUGUGCUGGACCUGUAAUCCUUAGUGUUAAUUAAUUAAUUAUGUCUUUGUUCCUGACA